AUGAACCCCGCUUCUGAUCUCAUGCCCUCCGCCAAGCUCAGCAUGAACAAGGUGAUUCGCGAGGGCUGCGAGCCAAACCCGUUAGAGCGACUUCCGCCUCCCGCGAGCGCGAGCAAACCCCUCACGCCGUUCAGCAUCGCGGACAUUCUCGGGAAGCCGAGCGGAGGCGCGCGCGCUCACCUGACUUCACCUGUGCGCGUGAAGCACCGCGUCACGUCUCCGGUGAGGCAGACGUCACCGCUGUGCGCCCUGCAGGAGCUGGCGAGGAGAACCUUCAGGGGGCUGGAGCUGGGUGCGCUCCAAGCAGCGCAGGGCAGAGAAGGACUCAGUGUCUUUGGUCAAAGGAGCAACCUGAAAAAGCGCAGAAAGUCCAGGACUGCGUUCACACACCACCAGAUCUACGAGCUAGAGAAAUGGUUUUUGCGUCAGAAGUAUUUAUCUCCCGUGGACCGGGACCAGCUCACACAGCAACUGGCGUUAACCAACGCACAGGUCAUCACCUGGUUCCAGAACCGCCGCGCCAAACUAAAGCGGGAUAUGGAGGAGCUGAAAGCAGACGUGGAGUCGGCCAGAGCAGUGGGAACCGUGACUUUAGAGGAAACGGCCGCUCUGGGGGAGCUGGAAGGAAGUGCUACAGAAAGCAAGGGACACAUGGGGACCCAGUGGUCCUCUCAGCUCAGACACGAGCUGCACAGCGCACACACACUGCGCUUGGUGCACGCCACGUCGUCGUCCUUUUCAGACCACACAAGUCACACCAACUCUGAAGACGAGGAUGUGGAAAUAGACGUGGAUGACUGA